AUGGAAAGUGAAGAAGCAAACUAUAUGUGGAGUCUGAGUAGUCUAGCAGGCUCUUUUCUUGAUCUGGGGAUUGCAUUUUUCUGUCUGUGUUCAUCAGCAGCAGCUUUCUUGACAUUGAAAUUUCUGGGUUUUUGUGGGUUAGGCUUCCCAUAUCCCCCCUGUAAUUGGUUUUUUGGUAUUUCCCCAAAUGAUGCUCAGAAAUUGCAGAGGCUUCUGACUGGUUUGGCCUCUGAGAAAGUGUCAAAUGUUAAGAUAUCUGUCAAAGAGAGAUACCAUUUUAAUGCCCAGAAUGUCCAUUUGAAUCUGAGGUUGAUUGGGGAAAGGGAAGAUGUUCAUAGCCAUAAUGGCUAUGGGUUUGUUGAAAUGGAAGUUGAGGAUCAAUCUAGCUCAGUUUCUGAUGGAGGGAUGCCAAGAAAUGCUGAUGGAAUGGAAUUUAUGCCCGGGAAUCGGCUUGUUGAUCAUUGCAGGUUGUUUUCGUCUUCUCGGUAUAAUCCUCGAUAUGUUGAAUUGCAGGAUGAUCAACAAUGUCAUCCUAGAAUCGACGAAAAUGGGAAUGAAAUGAGUGAAGAUAGUGAAAAGGUUUUCAGUAAUGGAACUGAAGCUUGUUCUAAUGUUUCAGGAUUUGGGCCAAGAGACAGCUUUAAAUUGGAUGAAAAUGUAUUUCCCGACGAUGAUGAUGAUGAUUAUGAGCACUCUGAGAAUGGUUUAUUUAGUGAAUAUCCGAAUGGCCAUGUUCAAGUCUAUAAUGCCAAUGAUAAGAGUGCAAUAAGACUCCUGGAAAAAGCGCUCGAGGAAGAGAAAGCUGCUCGUGCUGCGCUUUGCCUCGAGCUCGAGAAGGAGAGAAAUGCUGCUGCAACUGCUGCAGAUGAGGCAAUGGCGAUGAUUUCGCGCCUGCAGGACGAGAAGGCGUUAAUUGAAAUGGAAGCUAGGCAAUAUAAGAGGGUAAUUGAGGAGAAAUCAGCUUAUGAAGCAGAUGAAAUGGAAGUUCUGAAAGAGAUUUUGGUGAGGAGGGAAACUGAGAAGCACUUUUUGGAAAGGGAAGUUGAAGCAUAUAGACAGAUGGUUUAUCUGCAGGGAAAUGAACAGUUUACUGUUGAUAACGAAAAGCUGAAUCUUGACAAUGGAGCCGAAUGGCUAAGGGGAAGGUCGAAGACGGCACAAGAUGGGGGAGAGAAGUUUGCCCUACCAUUCGAGAGUCUCGAGAGGGAAAAGGUGCAGCUGAAGCUCUUGGAGGAUAUAGCGGGCCAGCUCCAAGAGAUUCGACAGCUUACACUCAACGAAGAUCAGGAACAUGAAAUUUCUCUGAUCCCAGAUUCUGCAGAUGGCUGAAAAACAGUGUUUCAUGGAAGUCUGAUGAUCAAUGCUUCAAAUUUGGGCAUGCUAGCUACCGGGAGGUGGAUUAUCUGCAGGCCGGGAUAAAAAAACAGUCGACGAUUAGUGCAUUAUUGUUGUAGUUGCGGGCACUGCCAUUGCAUACAAUGUCUAGUAGGCCAUCCAGUCCUAGGCCAGAAGGCAGAAAACAUUAUUAAUCUGUCAAAUAUUAUGUUCUUUGAUCCUUUAUGUGCCCAUGUUUUUGAACAGAUUCUCUGCUGGAUUUUGGUGAAUGGUAAUGGGAUUGGUGUGACAAAGUUGAUGUACAAACACCUUUGUAAUACCCAAGUUUUGUUAUGUUUUAACAUUUGAUCUCAUUAAUUGAAUUCAAGAUAGAUUAUGGAUGUUCUUGCAUGUGAUCCCAUGCAGACAUACUGAGGUUGGGAUGUAACAGUAACAGCAGUUUAGGGUUGGACAAAAACAAUGCUGUGAAACUGCAUUGGCAUCUAGCAGGAUGUGACUAAUUCAGUCCAAUUUCAAUCAGACCUUAUUUAGGACUUCGACAU